UGGACUAGCAGUGGUAUAACAAGUAGCAGGAUUCGAGUGAAAUUAGAAAUAUGUCGCAACAUGAUGAAUACUUCCUAGACAGAAAACGUAUGAUGGAAUUUUCUUUCAUUAACGCUACUUGACGGUAUUCUUAAAUCGUCGGGAAUUUGAGGGAUUAGGUGCCCUAAAUUCCAAAUAUCUCGGUGUUUAUUCGAAUAUUUUACUUGUGUUUUUAAAUGAUUUUUUUCUGAUUGAACCGUUUGUGUUGUAUAUGGCAACGGAUCGUUAUGAUUUACAUGGAUAAACACAAACUUUGUUCACGAUUGUUAUACUGUGUGUCUGUUAUAUUCGUACUAACGAAGGAUUUUAAAGGAGUGGGUGGUUUACGCUGCUGGAAGUGUAUCGCUCACGACUGUGACCUUGACCCUGAAGAUAACUUCAAGGCUACAAAGGUCGACUGUAAAGGUGGAAACCAACAGUGUAUGAAAGUCCAGUACCGGAUGUUCGACAACGUCACGCACUACGAUUCAGUGAUACGAACAUGUACAGACAGACCGUGUCACGUGACCAGUAUGGACGAUUUCUUCAAGUGUGUAGCCACACCCAAACAGUAUAUGAUCGGCGGAUGUACCCUUCGCAAGUGCUGUUCAGACAGGGACUUUUGUAAUGGUGCUGAAGCUGUAAAUAAAAGGUUGUGGGCCUUCAAUAUUGCAUUUUCAUUUAUUUCAAUUACUUUAUUUCUAAUGCCAAAAUGGUACUUUGUUUCAUAACCUA